AUGGCCGACGUCAAUCUGCAAGAGAUCCACGACACGCUGCUGUCGAUCGCCUUUGAGGCCGGUCGGAUGAUCAUGGCGGCCAACCCCAAUGACAUCUCGACCGGCACCAAGCUCAACUUUAUGCUGACUGACAUUGCCCGUGCGCCUUCACCAGCCGUCGACAUCGUCACCGAGACCGACCAGGCCGUCGAGAAGAUGGUCUCGACGCGCCUGCGCGCCGCCUACCCGGCCUACGAGUUCGUCGGCGAGGAGACGUACGUCGCGGGCGUCACCAAGAUCACCGACGCGCCGACCUUUAUCGUCGACCCCAUCGACGGCACGACAAACUUCAUCCACGGCUUCCCCAACGCCUGCAUCUCGCUCGGCUUCGCCGUGGCGCGCCGCCCGGCCGUCGGCGUCGUGUACAACCCGUUCCAGGACCUGCUAUUCACGGGCGUCCGGGGCGAGGGCGCGUACAUGCAGCGCAACGCCGCCCUCGCCGCCGCGGGCAAGCUCGAGGCCGAGCGCCGGCGCCUGCCGCUCUUCCCCGGCGGGGCGCCGGCCCUGGGCGACCUGAGCACGGCGCUCGUGGCCGUGGAGUGGGGCUCGAGCCGCGACGGGCCCAACUUCGACGUCAAGGCCGAGGUCUUCCGCCGGCUCGCCGCGAGCAAGGAGGCGGGGGGUUCCAUGUGCCACAGCCUGCGGUGCCUGGGCUCGGCGGCGCUGAACCUCUGCGCCGUGGCCGCGGGCCAGGUCGACUGCUACUGGGAGGGCGGGUGCUACGCCUGGGACGUGUGCGCGGGCUGGGCCAUCCUCGCCGAGGCCGGCGGCGUCAUGGCCGACGGCAACCCGGGCGGGUGGGAGCCGGCCGUCGACGCGCGGACGUACCUGGCCGUGCGCGGGGCGGCGGCGCUGGAGCAGCAGAGGGCGCUGGUCGAGGAGUUUUGGCGGGUCAUUGGGGACGGCAGGAUGGACUAUAAGCACUGA